GAAGCGCGCUCCCGAUACUUCAGGUGAAUGAGAGGGAAGUAGAGGAGCGGGACACGGUUCAUUGUGCGUCGCAUUAAAGAGGAACAAUUACAGGAAAAUGAGUUGUGUUUCGUCGCUUGGGGCACAAGUUUUUAUGACAACAUAUCUACUUUUCUUGAUGGGAUGCGUUGCACAGAAAGUAUACUUCGAUUGUGGUGCCAAGGUGGAUGUGGUGGACGUCCAAGGCCUCAUUCUGUCCCCUGGCUUCCCCUACAACUACUCGUCUGGGACACAUUGCGUCUGGCUGUUCAUUGUGCCUGUUGAUUACCAGCUUAUUCUGGAGAUAUUUGACUUUGAUGUGUUUGAAAGCCAUGACUCUGCAGCACAAUACUCAGCUAUCUCUAAUUUUGAAGAGGGAGAGGCAGAAGAAGAGGUGACUUUCACCCCUGGCAGCUUAGUGGCAGAUGAAACUUCAUUGGCUGCAAAAGAUCCCAUGCUUCAGAAUGUAGGGGAUGUCAUAAAGACUCAGCAGUCUGAAGAAGAUGGUGAGGUCAAACAAGUAGUGGUCCAAGAACAGUCCACAAAGAUGGAAAUUGCCAAAGUCUCAAAUUCUGCUAAAAGAUCUGCAGAUACCUCCUCUGGCCUAUCUUUACCACCUCCUUCCUCUCUCCUCCUCCUACCUGGGGCUGUGCCUUCAAAAGACAAGGCUGUCAAUUCUGCCUCCUCAUCUCACCUCAGGGGAGACCUCAACCCCAGUGCUAACCCAAACGCAGCUGUGGAGGAGACCACCCUUUCUUUGCCACACACUACCGACACUCCAGCUGUGAGCCCCGAAACCCAGCAGUCAGUGCUUGAUGCCUGCCCCCAUGAUGUCCUCUACAUCUCAGACCUGAUCACCUUCUCCUCCAGGUUCUGUGGGUCCAACCGGCCACCCAGCAGCCAGCUGGUUUUUGGCUCUAGCCAGGAGAUGGUAGAGGUUAUCAUGGAGCUCAUCACCACCACACAUUGGGGCCGCGGCUUUGCUCUUCUCUUCCACUACCACAACCUGACCGAGCCAGGGGGGGACCACCGUGCCUCUGCUGCUACAGCCAGCAAGGUAGACUCUCUGCUGGCUGCUGUGAGUGGAGCUGCCUUCUUCGCUAUGAUACUUACAAGUGCCCUCUGCAUCAUUUUCAGACCCAAACUGUGUCCAAAAAGGGCCAGCUCCUGCGCAUCCAGCAACUCUGAGGUGCCAGAAGGAGUCCAGAAUACUAGGGCUGAGGUCAGCGAGCUGCAGCUGAUGGCUGAGAAUCAGACCAAUCCAGAGAUGACCACAGAGCAGGGCAACAGCAACAACAGCCUGCCACACACAGUCAGUGCUUCCCUCGACAUUUCCCAGAAUGCAGAGGUGGAUCUUUCUUGCAGUGGUCUGACUGAACUUGACCUUGGUGCGGAUGAGGUUUUCAUUGUAUCUUCAGCCCCCAGCUCAAGCAGGCUACCCCUCUCCUCUCACACGAAGCGGGAGAGGUUUCUGCGGCACAGUGAUACUGGUCCCAGCCCUGCAGGUGACUGGCCCUCACCAGACUCCACCACCUCACCUACUGGUGCCAGGUCCAACAAGGACAGCAGCAGUGCCUGCGCCAGACCGAGAGCGUGGAGCGUACGCACCUUCCAGGACUUCCUCCCUCCACUUCCGCAGCUGCAUAAGAAGUGGUGUAGCUGGAACUCCACCAGUCCCUUCACCAAGCUGGUGGACAGCGCUCCAUCCAGUUUGACAGCUGACUGCAGGGGAGGCGACAGCAGGAAGGUCUUCUCUGAUGUUCACUUGGAGGCCAGGGCAGACAACAGCACCAUCUCUGACUCAUCCAUCAGCAAUGCCUCCUACCCACUUACGCAGCCUGCCCAGAGGCAGCGGCGUCUCAACUCCACCAGCAACCUGCGGCGCUCACGCUUCACAGGGCCUUGCUUUGGCCUGCUCUCUGGGACAACAGACCCAGUGAAGGCCUCUGGGGUUCCUCAGUCCCAGGGAUCCUCCUCAGAGCCCAGCUCUGGCUCUUCUUCCUCCACCCAGUGUCAGAUUGAGAGUGGCCAGCCCGUAAAGAGGCGUGAUUUCCCAGGCGAGGGUGAUCACGUCAGUGUGCCGGUGUUUGCCAUCUCCGAGGAGGAGGACCGGCAGCCUCUGGUCUUGGCCGAGCACCUGGACCAGAGCUCUGCCUCUGCUGUGCUGAACGGACUGGUGAGGGGAACAUAUGAGGGGAAGAGGCCUGCUGUAGGAAGCACCAGCCAGAGCCCCCAGAACCAGAGGGCCAGGCCAGAGUGGAGGCCAUGGGGGAGCCAGGUGUCAGGAGGGGUCGGUCCACUCCUUUCCAACACACCCACCACCAUGACUGAGUCAAACACAGUAAGUGACAGCCAGCUGUGUCUUGGUCAGUCAACAGUGCUGUGCAGUGUGACCAACCAGAUGUGACCAGAUGGUGAAAGGAGGAGGGACUCUGGUGGGCCAGUUAUGCAUUUCUGAACUCUUAGUGCCACUUUGUGAGAUAUAAUCUAAGUCUUUGAUUUCUGAAAUCAUCUUUUACAAAAUUACUACAUACUCUUCUCACUCUAGUUCUUUAUUUUUAUAAAGUGUUUGGACAAAGAUGGAAUAAUAUGCUGCUUAUUAUGCCAAGACACUGACUGCUGUGGUAUUAUCUGUUUAAAAAAGAUGACUGAUUGCAAAAAUGAAUACAAAAAGUAUUUUCUGAGUGAGUACUCCUUAACCCCCAACUCUUAGGAGCACUUAUUAAUUAGAUCUAUUAACCAGUUUGAUGCUAUUCAGAGUUAUAACACUCCAACUGCUGCACUGCUUUCAUUAGCUCAUUCAUUGUGGAUUUUGUGCUGCCCUGUGCCAGCUUUCUGCUUUUUCCUCAAUGUGGUUCCUCAUGUGGUUAUUUUUCUAGCACAGGCUGAUAAAUGCUUAUACAGUUAUUACCCAAAAGUGUUCUGCAAAGCAUAGAUCAUACAUUAAUAUCAAUGUUGCAACAGUGUAUGCAUACAGUAUGUACUCCUAAGGCUGAUACCGGAUUAUAAAAGGGAAAUCAAAAUAAUGUAAAAGCAUAUACAGCACUAAUAUACACUAUUAUGUAGAAUAAAGCGAGAACUAGCAAUCACAAUAGUAUUUAAAAUGAAUUAUGAAUUAAUGUCAAGUUUAAUAAAGGCUAUGUCAUUCACAUGUUUUGUCCUUGAUCUGACGGAAGAUGUUAUACAAUCAGUAGACAGACAACCUCGGGACAAAACUGAAAUUAGAAGUCAGGACCUCAUGCUGAAUUUUUGUCUGACUUGAUCCAGGACCUGUUAAGAUUUUUUGGAAGUGCAUGCCCCACACCAAGUCUGACUUCAGUAAAACUGGAAAUACAAAUGUGAAUAAAUGAAGAGAAGACUGAGUAAAACUGCAGUUUAUUGCAUUUAUCUGAACACUACCUGCACAAGGUCAACUGGAAGUUGCAUCCUCUGUGAACUAUGGAUCCCCCAAAUACAUUUAAAUUUUUUUUAAUCUACUGUUUGAAAAUCCAGAAUCUAUGAAUAUGAAAAAUGUCACAUUUAACUAGAUGUUUCCUCCUCAGUUUAUGCAUGCUGAAUGUUUCAUGUUUCACAUUACACACACAAGCUGCAUAUUAGACCACAAUUGGCCUCUUACCUAGUUGCAAUGUCACAAAAUCCUGCUCACACCUGCAUGUUUUACACUCAGAUUUAAGGUGAGCACAAAGACAUUUUU